AAUCCGAGGGCAGGCACCCCAUCGCAUCACACCGCAGGGGACAGUCAUUGACAUGAGGUCUGCGCCGCUUUUCUCAAGUCUUGGCAGGAAAAUUGAUGCCACCCCGGUUUUCAAAUGAGGACAUUCGGAUCCGGGUCGGGACUUCACCCCGGUCACCGAGUUGACUGUGAGGGACUAUAGAGGACAAAGGCUGGCUGGCUGCUGCCUGUAGGACGCGACAUAGGGAAGGGGCCCAGAAUAAGAGCCUGCAAUCGACCUCCUGGGUGCUUUGCACCAGAUUUCCAGGCCCCUCCCUCUGGUGCCCUCCCGCCCCAGCCUUCUCUGGUCAAAGGCAAGUAGGCACCACUCAAACGCCUGCGAGUCUGGUUCUUGCAUCGUGGCUCAGCCUUCGGAGCUUGCUGUAGUAAAUGAAGAGUGGUGUCAUUUUUCUAUUAACCUGUACUGGGCCAGGAAAUGCUAAUAUCCUAACGAAAUAGAGGUGAAAACAUCCUGUUGAAAGGGAUGUACAAAGAAACUGAGAACGCAACGAGGCGCCUCCUCAUCGGUGAGGGCAUAUAUUGCUGGGUAUUGAUAGAAAGGAAGCGAUUUUACCAGAAUGUCAGCAUCACCCAGGGUGAAGGUGGCUUUGAAAUAAACCUGGACAACAGAAAACUGAAAACACCCCAAGCCAAGCUCUUUAUCGUCCCCAGUGAGGCCCUGGCCACUGCAGUGGCCACCGAAUGGGACUCCCAGCAAGAUACCAUCAAGUUCUACACCAUGCACCUGACCACCUUGUGCAACACUUCUUUGGACAACCCGACCCAGCGAAGCAAGGACCAGCUGAUCCGGGCAGCUCUGAAAUUUCUGGACACUGACACUAUCUGCUAUAGGGUGGAGGAGCCAGAAACAUUAGUGGAACUUCAGAAGAAUGAAUGGGAUCCUAUUAUCGAGUGGGCCGAGACGAGAUAUGGUGUGAAGAUUGGUGUCUCCACCAGUAUCCUGGGGCCCAGCGUACCAGCCAAGACUCAGGAGAUUCUUGCCAGCCAUCUGGCCUCUUACAACAUGUGGGCCCUCCAAGGGAUUGAGUUUGUGGUGGCCCAGCUCAAGUCCAUGGUGCUGGCCUUGGGCCUGAUUGACCUGCGCCUGACGGUGGAGCAGGCCGUGCUGCUGUCGCGCUUGGAGGAGGAGUACCAGAUCCAGAAGUGGGGCAACAUCGAGUGGGCCCAUGACUAUGAGCUGCAGGAGUUGCGGGCCCGUGCAGCCGCCGGCACCCUCUUCGUUCAUCUCUGCUCCGAGAGCACCACCAUCAAGCACAAGCUCUUGCGAGAAUGAGGCCUGCAGCUACCGCCCGGAGUGGACCCCACCAGCAGAUUGUACAUACUUCCUCCUAGUUUAGCGAUCUAUUUUAUUAAAUAUGUCUCUCUCUA